AUGGUGAUUUACGAUUUCGAAUGCAUCGUGGCCAAAGCAGGACAGGAUCUUGAAGAUGACAUCUUACUUCCCCACAAAGUUAAUGCGGUGGCGUAUCGUCUUGUGUGCGAGACAUGUUUCGGAGAUUCUUGUCAGCACUGUGGCCCCGUCCAAUACAUUUCCUUUGAAAACACAGAUUCAGUGGUGGAUGCGUUCAUUGACGUCUUAUCAAGUGAUGUGCGUUUGAAGAACGCCUACAUUGUUGCACACAAUGGAGGAGGAUAUGACCACAUCUUUUUGCUCAAGGCAAUGACAAAACGAUUUUCGUCAACCCCAGACUUCAUCUCCAAUGGAUCAACCAUUCUCAAUGCCACUGUCAAGGUAGCCCCGGGAAACGUCCUGACGUUUCGAGAUUCUCUUCGAUUCAUGCCAAUGAGACUCGCCGACAUGCCCAAAGCUUUUGGACUUGCGAUCGCAGACAAGGGCCAUUUUCCGUACCUAUUCAACACGCCGGAAAACUACAACAAGGUGCUGUCCACUCUGCCUCCAAUAGAGUUUUACGACCCAAAGUUCAAGUCGGAAAAGGAAAAGAAGAAAUUGGAGACAUGGUACGAGGAAAAUUAUGGCCAGGAAUUUGACUUUAAUAAACAACUAUGUCAAGAAAUGUUCAAUGGGUGGUCCCCUUUCAUCCAGUCUUGUACGUUGGCAAGUUUCAUUCUCUUUGUUCUCAAGCACGAGCACAUCAAAAAGGGCGUAGUGGGGUACAUACCAGAAAAUGGAUUUGUUGGGCGUAACAAUUCUGAAAUUGCGCUCAAAUACAUUCGAUGGUUAGAACACCUAGACCCUGAUUUGAAACUCGUGCAUGCUCUGAGAGGAGGAGAGGAAAAAAUCACAGUACAGGGACACGAGUAUUAUGUGGACGCAUAUAAUACGGAAACACGGGAAAUUUUCGAGGUGUAUGGAUGCAUGUGGCACGGGUGUAAAUUCUGCUAUCCAGCUCGUGAGGCAAAGUGUCCAAAAAGGAUUGAUGUUACAAUGGAAGAACUGUAUGAUGCAACAAUGGCAAGAAAAGCUCUACUCGAGCAGGAAGGCUUCACAGUGUCAUCAAUCUGGGAGUGCGAAAUCAAGUCAGAGCUGAAAAAGAAUAGAGAUAUGAACAAGUUUUUCAAGAAUUGUCGCCACGCUCACAAUCUCAUUCCCCGUAAUGCCAUGUAUGGUGAAAGAACACAGCCGUUCCAAUCCAUUGCCGAAGCUGACGACACAAGUACACUCGAGUACUAUGACUAUUGUUCUGUAUACCCUUGGGUCAAUAUCAUGGGAGCCAUGUAUCCAGAAGGCCAGCCGAUCCGAAUCACAAAAGAUUUUGAAUCAGUCUCAUCCAUUGUAUUGCCGUAUCGAGGACUCGUGUUUUGUUGUGCUCUAGCACCCAAAGAUUUGGCUACUCCCGUGCUUCCGUACCGUGAUGAGGGAAAACUCGUGUUCCCACUGUGUCGGACUUGUGUGGAAACCAAAAACACUGCAAAGUGUUGCCAUGAAUCUGUUUCUGACCGCUGCCUGACUGGAGUAUGGUGUAGCGACGAACUUCAAUUGGCUUUGGAUAAGGGAUACAAAAUUCUCCGUUACCACGAAGUGUGGCAUUGGCCAGACGAAAAGUGGUUCCGUGGUGGAUUCUUUGCCAGUUUCAUGAAGCCUCUUCUCAAGCAAAAGCACGAAGCCUCUGGAUGGCCGCGCCCUGACAUGACUGACGAGGAAAAGGAAGCCCACAUUGAAAACAUUUAUUUGAAUGAUGGAGUAAAAAUUGAUGGCUGUAAGAUUGCAGUGAAUCCAGCACUUCGAAGUCUUGCCAAGCUCUUUCUCAACAGUACUUGGGGCAAAUUUGCGCAAAGACCCGGAAAGGUGGAAGUGAAAAUCAUCAAGACCAAGGAUCACAUUGCUAUUGGCAACUUUUUCAACGAACCGGGAUAUGAACCAAAGCGAUUUGACGAAUGGGAUGAAGAUCAUGUCCUCGUUGCUAGAAAAGCUACCAAUAGCGCCGUGAAAACUGGACAACUGACUAAUGUCGUUUACGGGGCACUCACCACAUCAGCUGCACGAAUUCGCCUCUACACUGCUCUCGAAAAAAUUGGAUCUGACCGUCUCAUUUAUUGUGACACGGAUUCUGUUAUAUUCCGUCAGGACAGAGGAACAGAUUUACUCGGAGAUUUGAAAGGAGAGAGUCUCGGAAUGAUGACCAACGAGAUUGCAUCGGGUUGUGAAUUGGUAAAAGUGGUCACGGUAGCAUCAAAAGUAUAUGGAACACUGGUUAGGAGAACUGCCACAGGAGAAGAAGACUAUUUCGUCAAGGCAAAAGGGGUGACGCUAAACUCGGAAACGGCCAAGAAAGUGAAUUUUGAAGCACUGGAAACAAUGAUGAGAGAGUACAUUGCUAAUCGUUCUGUGCAGCCAUUAAUCGCCUCGCAGCUCCGAUUCAAGAGGGGUCCAGGAAUUUUGGACGACAUUACCACCAUUCACCAACGAAAGCGUCUGAGACCCGUCACGGACAAGGGAUACUUUACAUCAGAGGGACGCUACGAACCAUUUGGCUUUGAUGAUGCAAAUACAAAUCUCAUUGACGAUUACGAGUAUUAA